AUGAAUAAUCAGCACUUAAUUUAUAAGGCAGUAUUGAUUAAUUAUUUUCCCAAAGAAAAGGGAAAAAAAUAUUUUUUUCUCAUAAACAUAAUUGUAUAUUGUAUAUUAACCGUCUUAUAUGAAAUUUUUCCUGUCAUUACAUUUCCAAAUUAUACUUUUGUGAACAGUAACGACAUUGUAAUUCAUAAUAAACGAGUUAUCAGAUCACUAUAUGAAGAAUAUCAUUUUAAUACAAUAAAAGACAAAGCAUUAAUAAAUGAUCUAAUAAAAGAUGAUUUAAUAAAAAAUGACCUAAAAGAAGAUCAUAUAAAAAAGAGUGAUAUACAGGAAGAGGAUCUAAAGAAUUAUGAAAGUUUUAAAUAUAAUUUGAUGAAAAAUGAAGAAAAACAGGACAAUUUAACAAAAGAAGAUAUAACAGUUAAUUCAUCAAACAAUAAUAAUAUAAUAAUAUAUAACCAAUAUGAAGAAAAUAUGAUAGUAGAUUAUUGGCAAGAAGAAAAUAUAAUACCAGAUUUUCCAUAUGAAGAAAAUAUAAUAAUUAAUAAUUCAAGGGAUGAUUAUUUAAUAGAGGAAGGAAUAAAUGAGAACCCUCCUAUAAUCGUUGAUUUGAAUAACAGUAUGAUAAAUGAGAGAAAUGUUGUUGAUAAUGAGAAAGAUAAAGUAAAAAUGAUUAUAUAUUCAUAUAUAAAAAAAAUGGAUUUAUGUAAAAAGGAUAUAAAUUAUAAAACUUUUGGAAAAUGUCGAUAUGAAGAGGACGAAAGAAAAUGA